GCAAAAAUUGUGAUACUCCUCAAACCCAUAAACCCCAUCGCCUUACACAAAAGGUGAAGCCAAUCUUCUCUUAUUAUUUCUAAAUGUCAAUGGCAGAUCAAGUAAACUCCUUCUCCUUGCAAGGAAAUCAAGUUCAAACUUAUUUUUCCACUGCUUCUCGAGCUGUGAAGAGAUGGGCUUCAGCCGCUGUCUUCCUUUUCUUCAUAGUCCUCCUUUUUGGUGCCUUCUUUUUCAGGAUUGACCUUUUUCAGUAUUCUAACUUUCUUACCCCAAAAAGUCCCAAGAAUUCAAAUGGCUACCCCCUGAAUUGCUCAAAUGAAAGCUUAGUCAGAACAUGCAAGGUCAAUUAUUCGUUGGCAUUUGAAGCUCAUGAAUCUUCAAACUCUUCAUGUCCGGAGUACUUCCGGUGGAUCCACGAAGAUCUCCGGCCAUGGAAGAGUACAGGAAUCUCGAGGGACAUGUUGGAAAGAGCUAAAGAUAUUGUAGAUUUUAGACUAGUUAUUUCCAAAGGGAAGGCAUAUGUGGAGACAUAUCGUAGAUCGUUUCAGACAAGAGACUUGUUUACCUUAUGGGGUAUUUUGCAGCUUCUGAGGUUGUAUCCUGACAGGGUACCUGACCUAGAACUCAUGUUUGGGUGUGGUGACAUACCAGUGGUUGUAAAACAUGACUACCAGGGACCUAAUGCCUCGUCGCCUCCUCCAGUGUUUCAAUAUUGUGGACAUGCAGACAAAUUGGGCAUCAUCUUUCCUGAUUGGUCCUUUUGGGGUUGGGCUGAGAUCAACAUAAAACCAUGGGAAAGUAUGUUAGAGGGAAUUAUAGAAGGCAGCAAGAAAAAAAAGUGGAAGGAUAGGGUGCCCUAUGCCUACUGGAAAGGGAACCCAAAAGUAACACCAAACAGGGGAGACCUUAUGAGUUGCAGUGUCUCACACAAGCAUGACUGGAAUGCCCGCCUCCAUAAACAGAACUGGCCUAAAGAAACAAGGCACGGAUUUAAACAUUCAAACUUAGAAGACCAAUGCACCCACAGAUACAAAAUUUAUAUAGAAGGAAGGGGAUGGUCAGUGAGUGGCAAGUAUAUCCUAUUAUGCGAUUCCAUGACCCUGCUCAUAAAACCUGAUUACUACGAUUUCUUCAUGAGAAGCUUGGUGCCAAUGCACCACUAUUGGCCCAUUAGUGCAACAAACAAGUGCAGAGAUAUCAAGUUUGCGGUGGAAUGGGGCAAUAGUCACCCUCAUAAGGCACAAGCCAUUGGAAAGGCAGGAAGCAGAUUUAUUCAGGAAAAUCUGCAAAUGGAAUACGUGUAUGCAUACAUGUUUCAUUUGUUGAGAGAGUAUGCAAAACUCUUGAAAUUCAAACCUGAAAUACCUGCAGGAGGGGUUGAGCUUUGCUCAGAAUCAAUGGCAUGUCCAGAGGGAGGUUUACGGAGAAAGUUCAUGGUUGAGUCAAUGGUAAAUUCUCCUAGCGACACACUUCCAUGCACCAUGCCUACUCCUUUCGAUCCUCCAACCCUUCAAGCUCUCUUAGAGAGGAAUGAAAAUAUCACAAGACAAGUAGUGAUGUGGCAGAAUGAAUACUGGGAAAAUCUGAAGAAGAAUCAAUCGAGCUCUCAUCAUCAUUAAUCUUAAGAGAAGGAUAACAUUAGGCUUAUCAUCUUAAGGUAUAUAAAAUUGAUUAUAUACCUUUUAUAGAAAACUUACGAAUUUCUACGUAUUAAAAGGCCAAGCAUAUAGAUAAAAGGACAUUUGUGUCAAUUUGAUUAAAAGCACAAUUAAUAUGGAACUUAAAUAAUAAAUUUAAAUUUUUUUUUAAAUAAAUUCAAAUAAAAAUAUAAAAUAUA